AUACGCGCAUGCGAACGCUGCACGGGGCUCUACAUUGCGCUUGAGCUGAUCGGAAAGAAGCACGUCGUCGACACAGACAGUAAAUUUGCAACUUCUCGACACCAAAUAAUAGAAGAUGGAUGACAGAUUAGAUGAUGAUGAUGCAGAUCGCGUUGAGGAAAUCAUUGACCGGAUGAAGAGCAAGUUCCCCAGUAAAAAAAUUGAUAAGAAAAAAAUAGAGGAUGUCGUAAGGAAGUUUAAUGCUGAGACCUCGGAAAGAAGCGAGAAAAUGGUCGAGAAAAUGUUAUCUCAAAUGGACACAUCACCCAAGGUUCCAAAGGGUGCUAAACGGAUUCAUGGCUACAACUUUGAUGAUGGACUCAAUUACUCAAAAUUGAUGAAAUCAUAUUUGUCAACCGGGUUUCAAGCAUCUAAUCUAGGAAAGGCAAUGCAGGAAGUCAACAACAUGUUGAAUGCGAGAGAGGGCUUCGACUCAGAUGAAGAAGAUAGCCAAUCUGUGUUGAAGAAAAUCCGUCCAUGCACGAUAUUUCUUGGAUACACAUCAAAUCUAGUCACAAGCGGUAACAGAGACGUGAUACGUUUUCUUGUACAACAUAAACUUGUCGACUGUCUUGUAACUACCGCUGGUGGAGUAGUGGAAGAUCUGAUAAAGUGUUUGAAACCCUCAUACUGCGAUGAUUUUCACAUGGAUGAGAAAGAAUUGCUGUCUAAAGGUUUCAAGCGAGAUGGCAACAUUUUGACUCCUCAUCAGAACUAUUAUGCCUUUUGCGGUGGUGUUAUGCAGCCGAUAAUAGAGGAAUGCGUAAAGAAGCAGGAUAGUGGCUUUAACUGGACUCCUUCGAAAUUGUGCCAAAAGCUGGGUCAAAAGAUCAACGACGAAACUUCAAUCUUGUACUGGGCGGCUCAAAAUAAAAUUCCUGUUUUUUGUCCAUUAUUCACCGAUGGAUUUUUCGGCAACAUGCUGUUCAUAUUUGCGAUGUCUGAGGAAAAGCUUCGCAUCGAUUUCGUUGAUGACUUGCGGAUGAUCAACGCUCUGGCUUCUACAAGUCACCGCACUGGAGUGUUAGUCUUGGGUGGUGGAGUCGUCAAAGAAUAUAUUGAUAGCGCGAAUCUUAUGAGAGGUGGAUCCGAUUUUGCUGUCUACAUCGGCACCGACACGGUAAGAGGACAUUGGUGUAUAUAA